UCUAUCAUAUAACUGGGAAAUCUCUCUGCAAAAUUAGCCUAGAAAACCUUGCAAUUUACCGACUUAAAUCAGAAUCUAGUUUGAUCUCCCUCAGAAUUCAUUUUACAAGAACUGAAACUUUGUAUAUUUUGAUCAGCAGAGCCAAUGGAGGGCGAUCCAUGGCUUGUUAUCCAAGGUGUGAUUGUUAACCACUGGUUUUGUCCAUGGCUUUUUAACAAUUCAAGAAUGGAUUUUAACUAUGGCUUCAUCAUCGAGUACUAGUUUUUUGAUGGGGAGAACUCCGAAUCCUUCCUUUUCCACUUCUUAGCUCUGGAAUUUUCUAGUUUGAUAUAAUAAGAAGACCCAACUUAUAGAAUUUCUGCCGUUUUGAUGGAUACCCAGAGGCAAUGGAGUGGGGAAAUGGUUUCCUCACAUCAUAAAAUCUCUAGUUUAAGCUUUCCAAGCGCCAAUCAAAGCGAUCCAUGGUUUGAUAUCAGAGUGGUCUGUGUAAAACUGAGCUCUUGCCUGGUUAAAUGUGCGCCAGAGUAUUUCAGAAUUGUUUUCCCCCCAAGAAGUGUUUCUUCAUCUCUUGAAGUUAAUGGCGAAAGGAUAAGUCACUCAGAAAGGACUUCCCGAGCUCUGAGAAGAGAUAGGCUAGAUAAGGAGUCUGCAGAGGCCACUUAUGUCAGUACAGAUGAUGUGCGCGCUAAGGGUGACUUGCCCUUUGAGAUCCAUCACAAGGGUGAUGUGCUUGUUGCAGGGAAGUUUUUAAGGUCUGAUUCCUGGACAGAAGGGCAUCUUCUGGAUAGCCAUGCUUGUUCUUUUACUACGAGGAAGAAACUGUGGAUCAUGGAUUGCAAUUGUGCACUUUCUGCAGGAUCGUCUUUUUUGUCUACUAAAACUGAUCAUUUUUCGGCCAUGAAAGCACCUUUUCUUGAAGUUUAUGUGGCUGGAAGGAGUUUGGGCCAGCCCAUUGUAUUGAAUCAGACAGUGCAGCUGCUUCCUCGGAGGAAGAAUACUCGCUGCAUUUCUCUGGAUGCUAUUCCAGAAGAUGAUGACGAAAUAGUGAAUACAUCUUCUUUCCAGUAUCAGGGAGAGAUGGAUUCUGAAGUGGAACAAGGGCGCAGUGACAGGCAUGGAGUGGAAGUAUUUUACUGCAAUGAAGGGUUGGAUGUUGAUGGAGAAGAAGGAGAGUUAUCAUGGUUUAAUGCAGGCGUAAGGGUAGGGAUGGGAAUAGGUCUGGGGAUAUGCCUUGGAGUAGGUGUAGGAGUGGGGCUCCUAGUGAGGACUUAUCAGGCCACCACUGGACCUUUCAAGAGACGUCCGCUGUAAAUUGGAUACCUACAAACAAAAUUCUAACAGAAAUAAUCUUGAGAAAGUUUUGCUACUGGUUUUCUAACCAAGGGUUGUUAUACUCUCUGUUAAGAUAUACUGUUUGAGAUAAACCAUCAUGUAUGCAGUUUCUUCAUCAUUCAACUGUAAAGUUUGCUGACCUGUAAUGGAAACUCGCGCUGUUUUUUGGAUAAAAAUA